AUAAAAAAUGUAUCAGCAUCGCGUUAUUGCGAAAUAUGUUGUGUUAAAAUUUCGAAAAAUAUUGUUGGGAAGAUAUGUGGAAGUCACACGAUGUGUCGAUACCCAGGUAAAACUAUUGGAGCAUCUUGUCGCGGAUUCAUAAACGUACAAUUAACAGACGAAGAAAAAUCUGCAAUUUUAGACGUUCAUAACAGUUUAAGAAACAAGGUAGCGUUAGGUUUGGAAACUAUUGGUAACCCUGGACCACAACCACCAGCUUCAAAUAUGAGAAUCAUUAAAUGGAAUAAUGAAUUGAGUGAGAUCGCUCAAAGAUGGGUUGCUCAAUGCAUAUUUUCGCAUGAUUUAUGUAGAGAUACAUAUAAUUUUCCGGUUGGGCAAAAUAUAGGCAAAGGAAAUUUGGCCACAGAUAACGAAUUAUCGUUGAUAUUCACCUGGUAUAAUGAGGUUAAAAAUUUCAGCAACGAAGAUGUUUUUAAUUUUCAAUUAGUUAGUGAUCAAAAGGUUUCUUUUGAGCGAUACACCCAGAUGAUUUGGGCUGAUACGAACAUGUUGGGUUGCGCCCGAGCUAUAUUCCAACAAACAAGUGGCCCUACGUUAUCGUACAUCGAACAUUUCGUUUGCAAUUAUGGCCCAACGGGUAAUAUCCCCGAUCAACCCGUUUAUAACGUGGGGAAACCAUGUUCAACGUGUCCCGAAGGAAUGGGGUGUUCAUUAGAAUACGAAGGACUUUGUGAAAUAAAUAAAGAAGAAACUAAUUUGAUGGCUUUAGAUUUGGAUAAUUCCUCUUUAAAAUUACACAAAAAGAAUUAUUUUAUGUACAUUUAUUUAACAAUUAACUUAAUUAAAGCCGCUUUUUAUUAAGCAAGA